AUGACCAACCAUGGGGUCACUGAAGAUCUUGUUCGACGACGUGCAGAGCAUAACAACUGUGAAAUUUUUUCACUGGAAGAAAUCACCUUGCAUCAACAGGAAAUAGAGAAAAUAGAAUACCUUGAUAAAUGGUGCAGAGACUUAAAAAUCCUCUAUCUUCAAAAUAAUUUAAUUCCAAAAAUUGAAAAUGUUAGCAAACUAAAGAAGCUUGAAUAUUUAAAUUUAGCUUUGAACAACAUUGAAAAGAUUGAAAAUUUGGAAGGAUGUGAAGAACUGCAGAAACUUGACCUGACAGCAAAUUUCAUUGGAGAACUGUCCAGUAUUGAAGUCUUAAAACACAACAUGCAUCUUAAAGAGCUCUUUCUGAUGGGGAACCCGUGCACUGAGUUUGAAGGAUACAGACAGUUUGUGGUAGCAACUCUUCCUCAGCUAAAAUACCUGGACAGUAAAGAAAUAGAACGUUCUGAAAGGAUCCAGGCAUUGCAGAACUAUGCCGAAAUAAAGAAGAAAAUCAGAGAGCAGGAACAGGCUUACUGCCUCAAAAGGGCCAGAGAAAAAGAAGAGGUUGCACAAAAAAUACAAGAGAAGCAGAAGAAAAAAAAAGACGAACCUAACCCUGGAUUUGAUAGAUGCUGGUACACAGACAUUAACAACACCAUGCCAGACCCUCUACAGGACAAAGAAAACCAGCAGCACACAGAAGAAGAAAAUGAGUAUCAGCACUGGGGAGCAGAUGAAGACAAUGAAGAGGACAGAGCAUUUUGGGAAGAGCCCACACCAUAUACUCCAGAGUCAAGAUUAGAAACUCACAGAUAUAUUGAAGAAAAACGUAGAGCUAAAGAAGAUCUAAGGGGACACAAGAAGAAAGAAAAGCCACCUAGGACUUUGAUCACCACAGAAGGAAAAGUUCUGAAUAUAAAUGAACCAAAGCUUCAUUUCUCUUUGAAAGAUGAUGAAGAAAACAACCAAUUCAUCCUAGAUCUUGCUGUUUACAGGCAUAUGGACACUUCUCUUAUUGACGUUGAUGUUCAGCCAACUUAUAUCCGAGUUAUGGUGAAGGGCAAGCCAUUUCAACUUGUGCUUCCAGUAGAAGUGAAACCAGAUAGUAGCUCUGCAAAGAGAUCACAAACAACUGGGCAUUUAGUUAUCAAUAUGCCAAAGGCUAAAGAAAUAAUUAUGGCUAACCGAAAAGCACCCACUUCAGCUAAACCUUCUGACAGCAACAAAUCACAAACAAAUACAAGAAGAAGACAGCGAGUUGAGCGACUAGAAGUGGAUCCUAACAAAUACUCAUUCCCCGAUGUAGCAAACAUAGUCCAAGAAAAGGAGCGAACUGGACAAGGUCCUAUUAGGCUUCAACAACAAAAGGCAGUAGAGCCUGAGAAGAGUUAUACUGACUCGGUGGACGGCGAAGAUGUUCCUCCCUUAAUUUGAAAUGUACUGAGAGGUUUUCACAUUCUGUAACCUGCAUUGCCUCUGAGUUAGCCUCAGCAGCUUUCUUGACUCACACAAUAGAGGAUCUACGUAUAUAAUAACCUUAUUGUCUACUGAAAUUAAAAAAUAUUUGUUAUUGCU